AUAACACAUUGAAAUUCACCCAUAUUUCACAUUUGUGUUUCCCUCAAGAAAAAGAUAAAGAGAAACAGAGAGAAAAGAGGAAGACAUAAUAAGUGAUGUUUAAAUUUGUGUUAUGUUAAAAUGGAAUUGGAAAGCUAAGGCGGUUGGAGAGACACAAGAGAGGGACCCACCCCGAUCUUCUCUCUCUUGCAUCUCUCCCUCUCUCUCUCUCAUCUCUCUCUCUUGUUUUUCUCCCAUUGAUGUUCAUCAUCACACAUCAAUCAAUGCUGCAUGCCAUCAUUAUUAAUAUAUAGAUAUAAAUGGACAGCUUCCGAAAGGCCUACGGCGCUCUCAAGGAUUCCACCAAGGUUGGCCUAGCUAAGGUCAACAGCGACUUCAAGGAUUUGGACAUCGCCAUUGUCAAGGCCACCAACCACGUUGAAUGCCCUCCCAAGGAACGACAUGUUAGAAAUAUAUUUGCAGCAGUAUCAUUAGCAUCUCCACGAGCUGAUGUUGGCUAUUGCAUCCAUGCACUUACCAAAAGAUUGUCAAAGACAAGAAGCUGGAUUGUUGCCAUAAAGAGUUUGAUAGUUUUUCAUAGGAUAUUGAGAGAAGGCGACAGCAGCUUCAGAGAGGAGUUAAUGCACAUCUCAAGAAGAGGCCAUAUAUUUCAAAUCUCCCAUUUCAAAGAUGAUUCAAGUGCUCUUGCUUGGGAUUGCUCGUCUUGGAUCCGGUCAUACGCGAUGUUUUUGGAGGAAAGACUCGAAUGCUUUAGGAACUUGAAGUUGGAUUUAGACUCCUCAGAAAGAGGGGGCACAAACAGAUCAUCUUCCACAGAAACUAAGGAAAAGAGUAAGGAUCGGGUGUCGGAUGUUGAACAGCUGCUGGAGCAGCUGCCUGUGCUGCAGCAGCUUCUAUACCGGCUAGUUUGUUGCCAGCCUGAAGGAGCAGCGCGUUACAACUUUCUAGUUCAAUAUGCAUUGGCCUUGGUUGUCAAAGAGAGCUUCAGAGUGUAUUGCACGAUCAAUGAUGGAAUCAUCGUGCUCGUGGACAAGUAUUUUGAUAUGCCGCAGCAAUUGGCAGUUGCAGCUCUUAGUAUUUACAAGAAAGCAGGGCGACAGGCAGAUCAUCUAGCUGAUUUCUACGACUUCUGCAAAACUUUGGAUCUUGCUCGGACCUUUCAGUUUCCCAUUCUGAGACAGCCUCCUUCCUCAUUUCUUGUAACUAUGGAGGAGUACGUGAAGGAAGCGCCUGAGAAAGUUUCCCCUUCUCAUCGAAUGGAGCAGCAACGGAGAAAAGAUGAAGCACAAAAAUCUGAAGAAAAUGGAAAACAAGUAGGAAACAAAGCUAUGGUUGCUGCUCAACAGAAACCAGCAGUUGUUGUUUCUGAGGCUGAUCUUCUUGGUCUCAACGAGCCAAGCCCGAGAGCCACACAGUCGGAGGAAAGCAACUCAUUAGCCCUUGCGAUUUGCCAAACAGGCAACGAACAAGCAGAGACGAAUCAUGCAAACACCUCCGGCUCCGGGUGGGAGCUGGCGCUUGUAACGACACCAAGCACCACCAACUCGCCCCAAACUAAACAUGAUCAGGCCGGGGGGUUCGACAAGAUGCUGCUCGACAGAUUGUACGAGGACGACAUCUCCAGGAGGCAGCUGCAGCUGCAGAGGGCCGGAUACGGUCCAGACAGAUAUGGCUAUGGCUGUGGCUAUGGGGCGAGCCCGUUUGAGCAGCCCUUUUCCAUCGCGUCUUCUCCAGCAGAUGCGCGGAUGAUGAUGAUGUCGCCGCAGCAGCGGUAUCAGAUGAUGAUGAUGCAGCAGCAACAGCAGCAGCAACAACAACAACAUAACAUGAUGAUGAUGAUGAUGAUGGCGUCGCAUAAUCAAAAUCAUCCAUAUGCAUCUCCAUAUCAUCAACAGCAGCAGCAACAACAGCAACAAAUUGUGUCUAUGAAUCCAUUUGGUGACCCCUUUAGCUAUCCACAGAGCUCAAUGCCACCACAUCCAAAUCGUACAUUGUUUUAGGCAUUAUAGUUUUGACUGUAACAUCAUAAGCUGCUGCACUUGAACAUCCAUCUUGUAAUUAACACUCAUCAGAUAUCAAUUCAUUUUGAGAAAUUAAUAAUUUGAUCGAA